AUGUGUACUCCUACCAUGAAAAUAUUAUCAACAGUACAUUACGUGUAGACACCUCCCUGACCACGUAAAGUUGUUAUUCUACUACUUGGGAGGCUGUCUAUAAAUGCCCAGCCAUGAUAUAUGCAUGGCUCUCUCUACACAGCACACCAUCACCAUUCACCACUGCCUCUCCUCUCCAGUCUCCACUGCCAAACUUUUCACCAGAGCAAGACAGAAACUGUGGAACCUCUCUCACAUACUGUUCUCUUCUUCCACCACUAGCUAGCUAGCCUGCCUGCCUCCAGAGCAAGAAUGGCCAUGCACCCUGUCUCCCUGGGGCACCCUCAGGCGUGGCCGUGGGGGAUGGCCAUGUACACGAACCUGCACUACCACCACCAGUACGAGAAGGAGCACCUGUUCGAGAAACCCCUCACGCCCAGCGACGUGGGCAAGCUCAACCGGCUGGUCAUCCCUAAGCAGCAUGCGGAGAGGUACUUCCCCCUCGGCGGUGGCGGCGGCGGCGGCGGAGGCGGCGACGCCAGCGAGAAGGGCCUGCUGCUGUCGUUCGAGGACGAGGCCGGCAAGCCGUGGCGGUUCCGGUACUCGUACUGGACCAGCAGCCAGAGCUACGUGCUCACCAAAGGCUGGAGCCGGUACGUCAAGGAGAAGCGCCUCGACGCCGGCGACGUCGUGCGCUUCGAGCGGGUGCGCGGCGGCCUCGGCGCGGGGGACCGCCUGUUCAUCGGCUGCAGGCGCCGCGGAGAGAGCGCAGCACCGGCGCCGCCGACGCCGCCAGCGCCCGUGUGCGCCCCGCCGCCCGCGCUGAACUCCGGCGAGCAGCAGCCGUGGAGCCCGAUGUGCUACAGCACGUCGGGGUCGUCGUACCCCACCAGCCCUGCCAGCUCCUACGCCUACCACAGCGACAUGCCACACGCAGGAGACGUGGAGACGAAGAGCAGCGUCGCAGCGUCAGCGCCGUCGAGGAAGCUCCGGCUGUUCGGUGUCAACCUCGACUGCGGCCCGGAACCGGAGCCAGAGACGCCGACGGCAAUAUACGGCUACAUGCACCAGAGCACCUACGCGGCGGUGUCUGCAGUGCCAAAUUACUGGGGCAGUUCAUAGGAGUGGAGAAGAUCUGAGGCCAUGCUCGCAGAAUCCUAACAACCAGAAAUGAAGAAACUAGUUACUAGCAGCCUACUCCUACUGCUGCUCUGUAGUCUGUCUGUACUGAGUGACAGGUUUGGAUUGACCUGUGGAAGGAAAAGGAAGGGAGUGAAAGAGAUCCCUGUUUCCCGGGCAAUCUUCCUUCCAUCACCAUAGCCCAGAGUGCCCCUUUUCUGCCUCUUUUUUCUCUUCUUGUCUUCCAGAAACCCUACUUGCAGUACGGGCCGGGGCCCUUGCAGAAGCAGGUAGGAGGUUUCAGGAAACAUCAGGUUGAAAAGGAGAGGUAGAGAGACAGAGAGGGAGUAAAGGAUGGUGACACGUGAAAAAACAAAAGGACACGCUUGCCAGUAUGUAAGUGUCAUUUGUAGUAUGUAGGUGCCUCCAAGAACAAACUGUGAUGGGUGAAGUUGAUGUAUGUAUCUUCUUCUCCCUCCCCAAGGAAGAAAGAGAUGUCCCCAUGGGGAUUUUGUUCUCUCCUACUAUACUACUGUUCUACACCCAUGCUGUCAUUUUUUCUUUUUUCUUUUUAAUAAUGGAAAGCAAGAGAGCUGCAUUUCAUUUCAAAUAAGAAGGUACAGAAUGAGAUGACCCCAAGAACAAAAGGAAGGAAAAAAUUGAAGAGAACUGUACCUGACCAAAGGCCGAAAGCUUCUUCUUUUUUAGUACAGACCAAAGGCCGAAAGCUGAUGGCAGUCAGUUGGUACAAUGCUUUUUACUCUACUUGUCUACUUCAUGCAAUCAAUCCAUCCAAUGGUUUUCACCUUGAGGGGUAAGCUAUGCAAGCUGGUGCAUGCAUCUGCAAUGCAAUUCACCUUCUCCAAACAAACAAACAAACAACAGGGAAAAAUACUCAAAAUUCAUAGAUGCCCAAGGACCAUUAAAGAAGAAGUGAUGCUGUGCCUCAAGCGAUGCCGACAUCUAGGGAUUUUCAUGUCCUGGCUCCUGAUCUUUCACUAGUCUAUCAAUGGCCGGU